GCCCAUGUAUAAUUUGUGAUGAUGCAGCGAAGAAAAAGACGAGAGAGAAAGUGGCGGCAAAAGGCUGGGUUUGGGAACUUGAACCAGAGGCAUCAACUUGGUUGGUUGGCCGUAAAAUUCAAACCACACCACACCCCACCUCCCUUUCUAUUUAUACUCUUCCGCAUCUCACCCCUUAACUGUCUUAUGGCACGCCAAUUAGCUUCUUCCAUUCAAAAUGAAGCUACUAAAUUGGAUGCGCAACAAGCUCAAUGGCAGUAAGGCGAAGAACAAACCAGACUCUGUUUCAUCUACCAAUUUUGUAGCGGAUGAACCUAUCAAAGACGAGUUCAGUGACUGGCCACAUGCACUCCUUACAAUUGGGACCUUUGGAAACAACGGUUUGAAGGACGAUUCUGAAAGAAUUAUUGCAGAGGACUCAUCCUGCUCUCAAGAUUGCGUGCAAGACCCUACGCCUGACGAACAAGAAGAAGGCAAUUUUCAGAAUGCAUUGCAGAUAUGUUUGCGGGAAGAAUCCUCCGCUGAUCACACGAAUAAUUGUUCAAACUGUGAAAAGAAAGAGACAUUAUUCCCACACAGCACUUUAAUUCCCUGCAGGGGAAAAGAUCUUUGUUUGGAGAAUAACAAGAGUGCAAUUGGCAAGAAAUCACUCACUUUUCUUCUCAAGAAGAUGUUUGUUUGCAGAAGUAAUCUUCAACGAACACACUUUUUCAAAGAUCCACUCUCCACAGAGAGCAGAAUGGAGAAGAUUUUUAGGGCAAUACUCAAUAAGAAGAUACAUCCCCAUGGUUCAAGUUCAACGAUGGUUUUAAAGAAGCACCUCAAGGACAAACAGAUGACCAAAUCUGACAAUGAUGACGACGAAUUCAACAAUCCUGCUGCAGACAAUGGCAGUAAAUGGGUCAAGACAGAUUCUGAAUAUAUUGUUCUUGAGAUAUAAAUGGCUUCUUCUCAUAUUCUGAUUCUGCACAACUCUGUUUAUUGAAGUGAUAGCUGAAGCAGAAUGCAAGUUGAUCUAUACCAAAUACUAACAAUUCCGGGUGUAUGAAUAAGCCAAGGAAUAAUGUGACAAAUUGGAGGAUGAACCUUGAAAAAUCAAGAGCCUCUACAGCUCAAGCAUGCCAGAAAGCAUGUUGCAAUUUCAUGCAAAAGAUUUUAGCC